AUGACAAAGGUGAUGUUUCGAGGAGGUAAGGGGAAGGAUAAAGAAGAAAAGGCUAAAAUAGAGGAAAAGAGUAAAGAUAUUAGCAAGGAGGAAGAAAAACCUAAAGCAGAAGAUGUUGGUAAAGUCGAGGACGAAAGUAAAGCAGAAGACAAGAGUAAAGAGGAGGAGAAAAGUAAAGUAGAAGAUAGUAAAGAAGAGAAAAUUGAAGAUAAGACUAAAGUAGAUGUUAGUAAAGUAGAAGCAACGGUUCAAUUAGAAGAAAAGGUCAAAGAAGAUGUUAGCAAAGAAGAAAAGGUCAAAGUAGAUGUUAGCAAAGAAGAAAAGGUCAAAGUAGAAGAUGUUAGCAAAGAAGAAAAGGUCAAAGUAGAUGUUAGCAAAGAAGAAAAAGUCAAAGUAGAUGUUAGCAAAGAAGAAAAGGUCAAAGAUGAUAGCAAAGAAGAAAAGGUCAAAGUAGAUGAUGUUAGCAAAGAAGAAAAGGUCAAAUUAGAAGAUAGCAAAGAAGAAAAGGUCAAAGAUGAUGUUAGCAAAGAAGAAAAGGUCAAAAUAGAAGACAGCAAAGAAGAAAAGGUCAAAGUAGAUGUUAGCAAAGAAGAAAAGGUCAAAGUAGAUGUUAGCAAAGAAGAAAAGGUCAAAGUAGAUGAUAAAGAAAAGAUCAAAAUAGAUGUUAGCAAAGAAGAAAAGGUCAAAGAUGAUGUUAGCAAAGAAGAAAAGGUCAAAGAUGAUGUUAGCAAAGAAGAAAAGGUCAAAGAUGAUGUUAGCAAAGUAGAAGAAAAGGUCAAAGUAGAGGAUGUUAGCAAAGUAGAAGAAAAGGUCAAAGUAGAAGAUGUUAGCAAAGUAGAAGAAAAGGUCAAAGUAGAAGAUGUUAGCAAAGUAGAAGAAAAGGUCAAAAUAGAAGAUGUUAGCAAAGUAGAAGAAAAGGUCAAAGUAGAAGAAAAGGCCAAAGUAGAAGAAAAGGUCAAAGUAGAAGAAAAGGUCAAAGUAGAAGAAAAGGUCAAAGUAGAAGAAAAGGUCAAAGUAGAAGAAAAGGUCAAAGUAGAAGAUGUUAGCAAAGUAGAAGAAAAGGUCAAAGUAGAUGUUAGUAAAGUAGAAGAAAAGGUCAAAAUAGAAGAUGUUAGCAAAGAAGAAAAGGUCAAAGUAGAGGAUGUUAGUAAAGAAAAGGUCAAAGUAGAGGAUGUUAGUAAAGAAGAAAAGGUCAAAGUAGAAGAUGUUAGUAAAGUAGAAGAAAAGGUCAAAAUAGAAGAUGUUAGCAAAGAAGAAAAGGUCAAAGUAGAGGAUGUUAGUAAAGAAAAGGUCAAAGUAGAGGAUGUUAGUAAAGAAGAAAAGGUCAAAGUAGAGGAUGUUAGUAAAGAAGAAAAGGUCAAAGUAGAGGAUGUUAGUAAAGAAGAAAAGGUCAAAGUAGAGGAUGUUAGUAAAGAAGAAAAGGUCAAAGUAGAAGACAAGAGUAAAUUAGAAGAAACUAGUAAAGAGGAUGACAAGGAAAAGAGUAAAGAGGAGGUUAAAGAGAAGCUUAAAGAAGAAAGUAAAGUAGAAGCUGCGGUUAAAGAAGACAAAGGUAAAGCCGAAGAAGUUGCCAAAGAGGAAAAGAGCAAAUUGGAAGAUAAAGCAGAUGCAAAGUCCGAAGUCGCUGGCAAGGAAGCAGAAGAAAAGAAGAAAGUUGGAGCUGAAGCAGAAGGGAAAGAGGUGGAGAAGAAAGAAGAGGCCGCACCUUCUGUCAAGGAUAGUGACUCUGAAAAGGAGAGUGGGAUAGGCAAGGAGAGCGAUAAGUCUGAAGAGGAUAGAACGCAAGACGAAGAGGAAGAUGAUCUAGUUAUCGACGGUGUGCGAGAGAAGAAAGGGGUGAUAACGGCGGAAGAGGAUAAGAUGGAGGAGAAGAAGGGUGGAAUACCAGAAAAAGCCGAGCCUCAGAAAGAUAAAAAAGAGAAAGCAGAACCAGCAGACAAAGAGAACGGUGAGGGGAAAGUGGAUAAGACGGAGGAGGAAGAAGAGAAGGCCGCAGAAGCAGAGGAAACAAAGAAAGAUGCAGAUGAGAUAACAGUGAAACCUGUGGAAGUGGAGAAGAGCGGCGAAGAAGCUAAGGAAAAAUCAAAAGAAUUAGAAAGUGAUAAAAAAGAAACUAAAGAGGAGGAAACAGCGAGUAAGACAGAGGAACCCGUUAAAAAGAGCGAGAAAGAUGAAAGGAAAGAAGACGAUGAAGCAGCGGGUAAAGUGGAAGAACCAGAAGAACCAAAAGAGGAUGCAGUAGAGGAGAAACAAGGAGAAGAAAAAGCUGAUGUCAAGGAAGAAGAGGAAAGACCGCAUGAGGGGGAGGCCGAAAAAAAGCUGACGAGGGUGAAGCUGGGGAACCUCAGCCCGAGGAAGCUGGGGAACCUCAGCCCGAGGAAGCUGGGGAACCUCAGCCCGAGGAAGCUGGGGAACCUCAGCCCAAGGAAGCUGGGGAACCUCAGCCCGAGGAAGCUGGGGAACCUCAGCCUGAAGAAGCUGGGGAAGAAGAUGGGACACAGCAAGAGGAGUCUGUUCCGCCAGCCGAUAAACCAGAAGGGGAAGAAAAGGGAGAGAUGGAAGCUAAAGAAGGAGACCAGGAAGAAAAGGAAAAGAAGAGGACUGUGUCGUCUAAGAAACCUCGCAAGUCUGCCCGACGGAAACGUGCAGAGGAAGGGCAUGACAGUGGUGUUGACGAGUCUACCCAGGCUAAGGAAAAUGGUCAGAGCAGAUCCCCGUCCAAGGGAUCCCGGGGCUCCCCCAGGAAGAGGAUUCCUCGAUCUUCAGAUCCCUCCCCCCUGAAGCAGAAGCCUACACCUUCUGCUGCUUCUGCUGAGCGCAAAGCAGUGCCUAUGAACAAGAUCGAGGUGGGUAAAACAGCCUCGCCCAACCUGAAGGCGGUUAAGUCAAAGAUCGGCAGCAUGGACAACGCUGCCUACAAGCCCGGCGGAGGCAAGGUCAAGAUCGAGAGCAAGAAGUUGGAC